CAGUGAAGAUGGAAGGCCAGACAGAGCUGGAAGUAUGAGGCUAGUGACAUGGCUUGUUGUUCAUUGCGUGCAGCUGAUUCACGUAGACAGCGAACAGAUAGCACAAACGCAUGAGGCAAUCAGAGUCGUCAACGAUAAAACAACUUGGUGGGAAUCUCGGAGAAGAUGUCGUGACGAAUUUCAAGCGGAUUUAUUUCAAUCAGGACUCAUUCCUGACGCAGCUGACAGCCUAAAUCUUUCAACCUAUUACUGGAUCGGAGCAAUCACGUAUGGCACAUGGAAAUGGACAACUGACAACACAGCCCUAUAUCAGUACGCUGGCUACCGGAAGCUACCAGCUGCACCGACAAGGAAUGGGACCUUUGUUGACAUCUCGGCGUUCCGGUGCAACCUGCACUGUAAGGAGGGCUACCCCGUGAUUGGCCUCAGUGGAAACACGUGCUAUUGUUUUAAAAAAGUCCCCGAGGAUAAAUGGAAGAUACUUGGUACCGAAGCCCCGUGUGCUGGUAACUUGGAUGAACGGUGUGGCAAGGUGGAUGGAAUGUCAGUUUAUCACCUGGGAGAAACACCGUUCAUCCCUAAAACGACCGGGAAAUGUGCCUACGUUUAUAAAAACUAUGCAGGAGAAAUUUACAUGACGACAACAUCAUGUUCAGACUCAAACACAUUUCUAUGCACAUUUACAAAUGGAUCAUUCAGCAACACGUGUCUUACUAAUGUCACCCUUUCAAACAGAAGUCUACCUUGGUCACAGUCGAAUGGUAGCUGCAAUCUGCUCACAUUAACAACAAGGACAUGUGCAAACCUUGCACGACUGUUAUCAAAACCAUUGAACUAUUGGAUUGGUUUGUACAUGGAAACGUCGAUGAGAUGGCUAAAUGGCAAGUCUUCAUUCGCAACGUGUCUGUUAAAGGAAAGAUGUAGUCAGUGA